AUGAACAACGGAACCAACGUCACUGUCCCCGAGGCCCCGGCCCCGGUGGUCAACACCACCUAUGGCCCAGCUGCCUUCCCCGACCUCGAGCCGUUCUUCGCUGGCAACCACGAGUUCGCGGCCGACCGCAACGCCACCGACAAAAACUACUUCCCCAAGAUGGCCGAGGGCCAGGCGCCUCCUCUUGUCUGGGUUGGCUGCGCCGACUCUCGCGUCCCAGAGUCGGUCGUCCUCCACCAGGAGCCAGGGCAGGUCUUCACCACUCGUAACAUUGCCAACCAGGUGCCGGAAGAUGACUGGGCUUCCAACGCCGUCAUCGACUACGGUGUCGGCCACCUCAACUCGACCCACGUUGCGAUUGUUGGCCACACCCACUGCGGUGGUGUCAAGGCUGCCUUUGACUCUAACAAGCCGAACGCUACUACUGGGCAAGGCAAGCACCACCGCUGCAAGGGCAAGGGCAAGGGCAAGGGCAGGGGCAUGGGCAAGGGUCACGGAAAGCAUGGCGAUGACAAUGAUGACGAUGACGAUGAUGAUGAUGAGAAUGAGGAGGAUUACGCUCUGAUGCAGUUCCUCGAGCCACUCAUUCAUCUUCGUCACAGCCUUCCCUCGAAUGCUACCAUCAUGGACCUCACCCUGGAGAACGUCAAGCUCAACGUUGCGACUGUCGUCAACAGCACUGCCAUUCAGUCUGCCUGGGCUGUGGGCAAGAAAGUGUGCGUUCACGGUUGGCUGUACGACAUUGGGACUGGCUUGCUCUCCGACAUUGGGGUAAGCAAGUGCGGCCCGACUGCUUAG